AUGAGUUCCUUCGGCCAGGUGCAGCCUUUCUGCCAGAACAUUCUCCCGCCCAACCUCACCUGUGCGGCGUUUCCCCUCCCGGUCCCGAAACUCGAUCUCGAUUUCCGCAUUGUGGUAGACCUUAACCCCCUCAUCCCCGUCGGCGUCGGCCCCUUUGGGAAACGCAACUGGAUCUCCUUCUCCGGCGGCGUCUUCACGGCCAAGUGGGGCACCGGCACCGUCGUGCCCGGCGGGCAGGACAGCCAGAUCGUCGUGGCGGAGACCUUGAGCACAAACGUUGAGACGUCGUACCUGCUCAAGACGGACGAUGAGGAGCCUGCUUACAUCACCGUCAAGACGACGGGGUGGCGGACGGGACCCAAGGACGUCAUGGAGAGGCUGUUUGACCCCGCGAGGGCCAACGACGUCAAGCCCGAGGAGUACAGCUUCCGGUUGAAUGUGAAGAUGGAGACGGGCGACGAGAGGUAUGGCGACAUUGUCAACACCGCCAUGUGGGUGGGGAGUGGUGCGAGGCUGGGUGCUACCGUGAUUUAUGAUGCCUACAGGGUCAUUUGA